AUGGCUCGUCAAUCCGACACCUCCUCGUACACCACCAUGUCUGAUUCUCACAGCACCGAGUCUCACCACCCUACCCGGGAGGAACCAGUUGUGGACGCAGCAACUUCGUCCCAUGCAAGAAGACCUAAGGAAACGGUCACUGGGUUUUCAUCAGAAAUCGCUCUUGAUGAACACACAAGGGAAGGGUCAAGGUAUGUACAUAACUCCAUUGCAACUAUCGUCACUCAGAUACUAUCUGGCAAUCGAGAUGUUCCUGGGGUUUCUGUUCCCUUGAACACAAUCAUUCCUGACAUUGCUGCAUGUCAAGAGAAAGCUGUUGUGUUGAGCAAAAAUGUCACUGACAAUGUUGAGCAACCAAAUGCUCAUGAGGGAUCAAAGGUUGAAAAACCCUCAGGCAAGGUGAGAAGUGAGAAGGCCAAGGUUACUCAAAAUGUUGAGGACAAGUCUAGGGCUGAGACGAUUAACGUGGAAGAACUCUCAGACAAUGAUCUUCUGGCUACAGUUGUUCCUAGGAUAGCCAAGAGAGUCAGGACCAGAAGGGAGAAAAAGGCCGUGGAGUUGAAGUCCCCCUCUAAGGAAGUUGGUGCACCAAACCCUCACAAGCAACCAGAGUCAGAAAGCACACACAAGAGGAAAAGCUAUGGACCUACAAAAGCUUGGAGCAAAGAGGUGCCUAAGAAGGUGAAAACCAAAGCUGUGGUGGCGGAAUCUGAAUCUGAUGCCCCAUGUGAUGUCACAACAUCCAUGUCCAGGAAGAAGCCCACUUCCAGUAGGCUGGCAUUGGAAAGAGAACUGGCACAGAAUGCCAUGGACUGUAAAGAGAUUGUGGAUCUCAUCAAGGAGGCAGGGCUGAUGAGAACAGUGUCACAACUUCCUAAGUGCUAUGAGACCUUGGUGAAGGAGUUUAUUGUAAAUCUGUCAGAGGAGUGUGCCGAUGGGACAUCCAAGGAAUUUCGAAAGGUCUAUGUGCGCGGCAAAUGUGUGACUUUUUCCCCCUCUGUAAUAAAUCAGUAUCUGGGAAGAGCGGAUGAAGAGCAACCUGAGCUUGAAGUGACUGACAAUACAAUUUGUCAAGUCAUUACAGCAAAGCAAGUCCGAAAAUGGCCUCUCAAAGGGAAGCUAGUAGCCAGUCAACUAAGUGUCAAGUAUGCAAUGCUGCACAAAGUUGGAUCAGCCUACUGGGUACCCACUAACCACAAGUCAAAUGUGUCUAUGGCAUUAGGGAAGUUCAUCUAUGCAGUGGGAACCAAAGCUAAGAUGGACUAUGGUGCCUACAUAUUUGAUCAGACAAUGAAGCAUGCUGGGAGCUUCAGUGUAAAGGGUCCCAUUGCCUUCCCCUCUCUAAUAUGUGGAGUUGUGCUGAAUCAAUUUCCAAACAUCCUGACAGAGAAUGACUUUGUGAGGAGAAGGGAAAGUCCAUUGGCUUUCAGCUACAAGCUGUUCCUGGGCAAGCAUGUCCCGGACAUAGUCGUGACAUCGGGAGAGACUUCCAAAACUAGCCACCAACCAGACAAAGCUGAUGUCAUUGCAGUUCUCAAGGAGACCUGCAAAGAGCUGGGAGCUAGAAAGAAUGCACUGGAACAGCUCAUCUUGCAGCUGGAGUCUACUGCUGAGGACACGGAUGGAGCUGAAGGGCAAAUGGCUGAGGGGGAGGAAGAGGCCAGCUCUGAAAAGGAGGCUGAUGAGGAGGCUGAUGAUGAGGCAGAGGAUUAA